UGUAGAAUUUAUGACUUUAUAGAAAUAAUAUCUAUGAGAUUUACGUAACUGUAUUGUCUUGAAGAAUAUAUGCUAUUGUACUAUUGUAUGUAAAUCACUUUGUAAAGGAUAUAAAAACCUGUCGGAAAAGGGGUAUGGUGGGCUCUGACUUUGGACACUAGUCCUCAGACCCCAGGGCCCUCAAUAAAGCACCGCACUAAACAACCUAGUUGUUUCGUGUCUCUCUGUCGGGCAACAGUUUUCUGGCGACCGCGGCAGGACUCCGAGGGCUGCUGGGGCGGUUCGCGUCCUGAUCCACUCCACGCCGGCACCGAGUGAUUCUCGGGGAGUCAUCAGUUCGUGCCCGACCCCGCGCCUGUCGGACAACUGCAGGAGGUAAGCCCGAAGGUGCUUUAUUUUUUUGUGGUAUUGGGUGCCUGCCCGUAAGACGAAGCAUCGGCUCCGCUGGGUUGGGCUAAAGACGUCUUGGGUAAUUGGGUAAAGCCUAGGCGCCGGCUGUAAGACGCGGCGAAAGCUGCGCUGGUCCGGCACUUGUUCCCCCGCGGCGUCGGAGGGUGACAAGUUGGUUGGUUGGUUGGUCUAUCCUUCUAUCUGUAUAGAUUUUCUUUCUUUUUCUGUCUAUUCUGUUUAGGAAUGAUGCCUUUGAAAACGUUUAAAACUCUAGCAAGUUCCGGGAUAGAAAUCCCGGACGAUUCGCCUUUGGGCUGCUUAUUACAACAUUGGAAUGCGGGGAAUUUUGGUCAAGAACUAAGUAAAAGGAAAUUGAUUGAUUUCUGUAAUAAUGUGUGGCCUUUAUAUGAACCCGAUGGUAUGCAAUGGCCUAGAAAUGGUACACUGAAUUCUGACAUUAUUACACCUUUGAUGCAUUUCCUACAAAGUAAUGAAAAAUGGGAUGAAAUACCGUAUUUAGACCUCUUUUAUUAUUUGAAAGACAAACCAGAGUGGCAAAAGGAGUGCGGGAUCAUGGUUUUGAAAACAUUAAAGGUGAAUUGUGAAGGAUGUAAGGGAUGGCAAAAAGAGAAGGAAUGCUCGGUUAGGUUUUCGGAACCUGAGGAGGAUGUUUCUUUGUUGGUAGCCCCUAGUGCCCCUCCAAUGGAGGAACGUGACUUUGGAGAAAGCAUGCCAGAAGUAGAAAGGGAGGAUCGGGAAGCAAAAGUAGAAACCGCAGAUAUACCACGAACCCCCUUAAGUGAAAGAACUCGGAGAGGGCGGUGGGAGGUAGAAAGAAAGAAAAAGGAGGAGGGUGCCCAUUUAAUGGUCCCACUGCGUGAAGCAGUCGGGCCGCAGGGGGAACGAGUCAUAGUGAAAGUUCCCUUUUCUCCGAAUGAUUUGCUAAUCUGGAAACAAUCAGCGGGGGCGUAUCGGGAGGACCCUGAACGGACUGCGCGGGUGGUAAAGAUGUCCUUACAGCACUGCGAGGAGCAUUGCAGUGGAACCGGCCUCUGCCCUUGGAAAAUCCUGUCCAUGACAUCCAGCCAGGAGAUCAAGUAUAUGUGAAGAACUGGAAUACGGAACCCUUGAAAGAAGUAUGGGACGGUCCUCACCAGGUGAUCAUGACCACCUACACGGCAGUGAAAGUCCAAGGGAUCGAAAAUUGGAUUCACUACACUCGAAUCAAGAAGGUCCAGCCAAGAUGGGAAGUACAGCCUCUGUCAGCAACAAAAAUGGUGUUCAGGGCAAGGCCUUAGUUCUUUUAACAUUAGUCUGUAUAAUGCAGGUGGGAGAAGCGUUUGUUAAAAUCAUAGUUCCAGAGCCAGAUGUAAUAGUGCCGGAAGGUGUGGGAGUAAAUUUAACCUGUCUGUUUUCUAGCAACCAGAGAGCUGGAUUAAAAGAAGUAAAUACAGCUUGGAGACAAAUCACCACAGACGAAGUAUUUACAGAAGGGAUCGUGACACUUUGGGAUAUGAAACAGCAAAGAGGUAGCACCACAUUGAUGAUAUCUCAUAUGCAAGCUGACCAGGUAGGACAAUUCUCAUGUGUUGUGUGGAUUAGAGAAAGCUUUGACUACGGAGAAAUAAAUGUAGAUAUUCUAAAAAAGAAUAGGAGAGUACGACAGGUGACAGAAGUUGGAAAAACACAACAAGAAUUGGGACAAGAAAAUUUAAUAGUGGGAUUAGUUAGAGAUUUUGGGCAAGUACAAAAUAUUACGUCCAUCACUGCAUGUUUACCUCUACCUAAAGCAGCGGGAGAUCCAAUACCAUGGGGCAUUAUUCCCGUUGGGGAAAUGCCUCCAGAAACCAUAAAUGGGACAAAAAGAUGUAAUAAAGUAAUGCAGAACCAUACUAAGAUGGUAGAGGAAACCUAUACAGUUCGAGGGCAAUGGUCAUCACCAGGACAAAGGAGUGAAUGCCAAAAAUUACCAAAUGCAGUUUUUUCAAAAAUUGGGCGGUUCAAGGAUGUAGGAUGGUGUUCUUAUGACAUAAAGAAAAAAAGACAAAAACCAGUCACUGAAUAUUCUUAUGAGAUAGUAUGUCAAGAAGGGAAGGAAGAAUGGGAACAGUGGAAAACGAUUUGGGGUCCCAGCUUGUUAGAAUCUUAUAGCUACAUAGGACCAGUACAUUGGUGUAUCGAAUGGUCAGGCCAAAGGGAACAAAAACAUUUAAGAAUGCUAGGGACCGAAGCAGUAAGACGGGAUCGAAUGACCCCUACACCUAGCUGGAAUUGUAGCAAAAUCAUCACAUGUGAUACCCCUGAAUCCCAAAUUGGUUUAGUGCCAGUCCGGAUACUACUAAAAUGGGGCUGUGAAUGUCAAAGAUAUAAUCAUACAAUAACAGGAGAAAUAAAGGGGGCUUGGAAAGAUUGUCAGGCGACUACCGUCAGGAGUCCAGGGCAUUCGGUGUGGGUAAUGGGGCAUGGACAAUGGACUACCCAUAUGCCCAUUAACGGCCCAGUCACACAGAUUACGUUAGGGGUCCCUACCCUCUGCCCUCUCUGGAAACAGUCUAAAUUAACACAAAGAGAGAUACAGCCACGAACAAAGAGAGAAACAAAUGAGGUGGCAGAAGAACUAGGAUUGGGAGAUGAAGAUGAGUGGCAUGAACCCUCAUCAGGAGUUAAAUUUGGAUGGGUACUGGAAUCCCUGUUUGCACAAAUUUCUACAUAUAGAAACCGGGAGAUGCUGUAUAAAUUAUUGGGACAAACUGAGAGGUUAGCCGCAGUUACAAAGAAAGGAUUUAGGGAUCUAAACUUACAGUUGCAAGCAACAACAAGAAUGACAGUCCAAAAUAGAAUGGCAUUAGAUUUGCUCUUAUUAAAAGAACACGGAGUCUGUGGAUACCUCCAAGAAAAGGUUGAUCAUUGCUGUGUACAUAUCCCAAAUGUCACAGAAGAAGUAGAAAAGGAUAUAAGUCAAUUGGAACAAAUUGAAAUAAAAGUGCAUGAAGUCCAGGAAGAAGCUCAACAUAAUUGGGUAGGAGCACUAUUUAGCUCCCUAGGAAUCCAGGUCUCUGGUUGAAUAUCAUCAAUUGUACAAUAUGUAAUAAUGAUUGUAUUGAUUAUUGUAGUCUGCAUGAUUAUGUAUAGAUGUCUUUUAGGAAUGAUUGCUAGAGAAGGAACUCAUACUCGACGUGUCAUGAGAGCACUAACCCGGAAAGAAGUAAUUCUACCAAGUCAAAGAGAAGACUCACCAUCCUACUUAGAAACCAUUACUUGAAGAAUUGAGCAUCCUUGCAGAAAAUCUGAAGAAUGCUCAAAAGGGGGGAGUUGAUACCAAAAAUAACAAGAAAAGAGCUAAUGUAGAUAUAGCAAUAGCAGUAGUUAUGCUAAGGCUUAGAAAGCAGCAGUUC